AUGGAUCAUUCCCAGCCCGAGAACAGACUGCUACAGGUGCCUGGUCAGCCGCAGCUUCUCCAGGCCGUCGACGCACUGAAACGCACCGCGACCUUCACGGGCACGACCUCUUCGGCGCCAGCCACGCUUACCAACCCAUCUACAAUCUCGACGAGGGCAUCAAGCCCGGCAGCUUCCGACCUUGGCCCGGACUACGAGAACCCCCUCGAGGCCAGCUCGCGAUGGUAUCUUCAAGCCAAGGCCCAAACAGUGCGCUACGCCGCGAGCUUGGGUUUCAGCAUCCACAACCGUUCAGAUCCGCCCGCGCCAUAUCAUUCACGAGAAGUCUGGCUUGAUUCAAGCCUUUCCAAAUGGAAAGGCCAGAGGAAGAUCAAGGUUGAGGUGUGGAAUCCUCCGGGGGGCUCUGUCGACCCGCGUGCCGCCGUCAUCAACCUGCAUGGUGGUGGAUGGAUUCUUGGCCAGGGCACUGACGAUGCCAGAUGGGCUGGUGCCGUUAUGUGCGAUGUUGAUGCCGUCGUCUUCACCGUCAACUACCGACUAGCCCCCAGCUAUCCCUUUCCAACCCCCAUGGAAGAUUGUGUGGACGCAAUCCUGCAGAUUGCUUCUAGAGCCUCCGAGUUUGGCAUCGACCCGGACCGCAUCAUCUUGUCUGGAUUCUCCGCAGGAGCAACAAAUGCCCUUACCAGUUGGAUCGUCCUGCAAGAUCCGUCUCCGUGGGGUUAUCAGUUUCCAAGCCCGCCGCCUCGUAUCCUCGGCCUUGUUCUCUUCUAUCCUACACUCGACAUCACCAUCAGUCGCCCUGGGAAGCGGCAGAUAUGUCAUCGACCAGAGCGCACACUGUCCCCUGGAAUGACAGAUCUUAUAGACGCCUCAUACUUCUUUCCGCCAAUUCCGCGAGAGAAGCGGACUGAUCCUAGAAUGUCGCCGGGCCUCAUGUCAGACGACCUAAUCAAGAAGCUGCCUCGCUGCCAUAUGAUACUGUGCGAGUACGACAUGCUAUUGGCCGAAGGCAUUCGGUUUGCAGAGCGACUGGACCAGCACGAAAUGCCACUUACCCUUCGCAUCGUCAAAGGGGAGGGACAUGCUUGGGAUAAACCUCCGCCAAUGGCUCCAAAGGACAGUGUCCUUGUCGAGUAUGCCAAGGCGACGGAGAGUAUUGCUCGUUGGCUGGGUCGAAACUGUGAGACGGACCAGGAGUCUACUACUUCGAUGCGGACCAGACGACGGCGUUUUAGACGACCUGGGUACUUGACCAUAAGAUCAAGGUCAGCACGCUAG